AUUCUAAGAUUCUAAUUCCGGGAUCCAGACUUUUCCGAAGGUCAGCGGCAGAACUCAUAGAAUUAUAUAUAUACAAGUGUGUAAAGCUAAUAGGAGAUCAAAGGAUCUUGGCAAACAUACUAUACAUACUCUAUUAUUCUUUUGAAACAACCAAACCAACGGUUGACUCAAAAUAAAAUUGAAAAAUGGCAGUUAUUCCUGAGAUAACUUUGGGAUCUUCAGGCAAGAAGAUGCCGGUGAUAGGAAUGGGAACUGGUUGUUACCCUCCUGUUGGUCCAGAAGCCACCAAAUCUGCCAUUCUUGAAGCCAUCAGAGUCGGUUACCGCCACUUCGACACCGCCUUCAUUUAUGGUUCCGAGCAGCCUCUAGGCGAGGCUGUCGCUGAAGCUCUUCGUCUCGGCCUCGUCAAGUCUCGCGAUGAGCUUCACAUCACCACCAAGCUAUGGUGCAGCUUUGCCCACCGUGACAAAGUCGUCUCCGGCAUCAAAACCAGCCUCAAGACGCUACAAUUGGAAUAUGUUGAUCUGUAUUUAAUACAUUGGCCACUGACCUUCACCCAAGAUGUAAGCCAAGCCCCAGUUCCCAAAGAGUACAUAGGGUCCUUUGAUACGAAGGCUGUGUGGGAAGGCAUGGAAGAGUGUCUGAAUCUUGGCCUCACUAAGGCCAUUGGCGUAAGCAAUUUCUCUUCCAAGAAACUUGAGGAGGUCCUUGCAAUUGCCAAAAUCCCUCCAGCAGUCAAUCAAGUGGAGAUGAACCCACUUUGGAAGCAAAAGAAACUAAGGGAGUUCUGCAAAGAAAAGGGGAUUCAUAUCACUGCAUACUCUCCUUUAGGUGCAAAUGGUACUAUGUGGGGAGACAACAGAAUUGUGAACUGUGAUGUGCUCUCAGAGAUUGCCAAGGCUAGAGGCAAAACCACUGCUCAGGUUUCUCUGAGGUGGGUGUAUGAACAAGGGGUGAGCUUAGUAGCAAAGAGCUUCAACGAGGAGAGGAUGAAGGAGAACCUUGAGAUUUUUGAUUGGUCACUGACUAAGGAAGAGUCAAGGAUCAUCAAUGAACUUCCUGAGCGCAAAGGAGUUCAACUUGCUUCUUUUGUUGGAACCCAUGACAUAGUGAAGGAGUUGGAAGCUGAGAUCUCUUAAAAUAUUUUUAUUUAUUGUGUCCUUUUUAUUCCCAAUAGUAAUGCCUAAAUAAUGAGGGAAAAUACUUGGCAGCAUGAUGUUUGUUUUUGGGUAAUUCUAAUGACAGUCUACAAAGGCUUGGAAAUAUUGUCAAAUA